AUGAGCCAAGAAAAUAUCCGACAUGAGGUUAAUGUGAGUGAACAUACCGCGGUAGAUUGGGAUAGCUUUUGCCAAGAGACUUGCAAAAUGACACUUUUAGAAAGAGAAGAUAAGAUCGGCGGACAAGGAAAGACUGUUCAAAUCGACGAGAGCAAGUUUGGGAAGAGAAAAUACCAUAGAGGACAUAAAGUUGAAGGACAAUGGGUAUUCCGAGGAAUCGAAGAAUCCCGCAGAAGUUUUAUGGUCACUGUUGAGAAGCGUGACCAGAAAACCUUAUUACCAUUAAUUCACCACCACAUAGCCAAGGGUAGUACAAUCAUCUCAGACUGUUGGAAAGCAUAUGUGAACCUUGAGAAGCACAGGUAUGUGCAUAAGUGUGUCAAUCACUCAAAAGAAUUUGUGAAUGCAGAUGAUGAUCAUACAAACAAGAUCGAAGGUCACUGGCGACAGGCAAAGAUGCCUAAUUUUGGCGUGCAAAAAUCCAUGUUCUCAUCGCACUUAGCUCUUGUGGCGAUACGAACACAAAGGAAAGGACUUGUUUGA